AUGCCCGAGUUGACACCAUGGGGACCGCCAGGUGCGGUGGCCCCAGCAGCGUUUCUCUUUCACUCGGCAUGGCCUGCCGUUCCACACAUCCGCAUUCCCCCACACCUGGGAAGCCGUCAGGCGGGCGGGACUUGCUCGGCUGACGAAACGGCAUGUCCGCAGUCUGGGUGGUGUUGCGGCGCUGGCGAGACAUGUUCUAUUGAUGGGGGAGCAUUCUUUUGCUGCCCUGCGGGCGCGACGGGGGCAGGGUGUUCGCGGGUCUGCGCGGCGGGCGAUUUCCAGUGCGGCUCGAUCUGCUGUGCCAACGGGCAGACGUGUAUGGGAGGAGAGGGCGCGUCGCCGUAUUGUAUCAACGGGGUAUUCACCACGACGUCGACCUCGGCAAGCCCGACUACGACGACUGAUGUUGCGACUUCCCCAACAACCUCCGAUUCCUCGACGAUUACCUCGUCUUCUUCUACGAUACCCACCACUACCACAACAUUGACGUCGGGUUCCCCUACAACAACCACAAAACCAACCUCCAAAACCACCGCCGUCCCAACAAGCCCCACAUCCACAGCAGCAUCAACAUCAACAACCACCUCCCCACCCACAUCCACAUCCACCACCCAACCGACCACCAGCAGCGGCAUGAGCCACGCCUCCCAAAUCGCCAUCGGCGUGAUCGUGCCCGUAGUAGUCAUCCUCCUCGUCGGCGCCCUCUGGUUCCUCAUGUUCCGGCGGCCCAACCCGGACCGUUCCCGCGGCCGCAGCCGCACCCACCGACGCUGGGGCACCGGUACCAGCCUCGGCAUCUGGACAGGAAACUCCGGUUCGCGCGAUAACACCCCACCGCCGGCGUACUCGAAAGAUGCAGCAGCAGCGGGGCAGGCAUCGGGGAAUGAGUCGAACGCGCAACUGUCGAUGCACGAGCAGUAUUUGAGGGAUGCAGGUGUUGGAGAGGGGAUAGUGACGGCGGGGGAGAGGGAGGAAAGGGCGAGGGGACGGGAGAGGUCGAGAGAGAGUAGGGAGAUUUUGCAGGCGGGGGGGUAUGAGUUGAUGGAUUUGGAUUUGAGGGGGGCCGUGGGACCGGACCGGGGCGGGCCGGGGGUUGCGGCGCGGGCGGGUUCGGGUUCGAGGUCUAGGGCGGGGGAUGUUUCGCCGUUGUCGGGGAGUAGUGGACGGUCGUCGCCGCAUCCGGGGGAUCAGGUCGUUCUUUAG